AUGUUGGCGUUUUUCCAGCGUAUUCUCGAUUGGAUUCGAAGUCUUUUUUGGAAGGAGGAAAUGGAACUAACAUUGGUUGGUCUUCAGUACUCGGGAAAGACCACUUUUGUUAAUGUAAUUGCUUCCGGGAAGUUUGAUGAAGAUAUGAUACCUACUGUUGGUUUCAAUUUGCGCAAGGUUACUAAGGGGAAUGUCACUAUAAAGAUGUGGGAUAUCGGUGGUCAACCUCGUUUCAGGAGUAUGUGGGAACGGUAUUGCCGGGGAGUCAAUGCGAUUAUUUAUAUGGUAGAUGCUGCUGAUCAUGAGAAACUAGAAGCUUCGCGCAACGAGCUUCAUGGUUUGCUUGACAAACCCCAGUUACUUGGCAUCCCUGUUCUGGUGUUGGGAAACAAAAAGGACUUGCCAAAUGCUCUUGCGGAACAUGAGCUAAUUACAGCUCUCAAUUUGGGGGCUAUUACUGACCGUGAGAUAUGUUGUUACUCUAUCUCAUGCAAAGAACAAGAAAAUAUAGACAUCACACUCCAAUGGCUAAUUAAACAUUCUAAAUCUAACCGAUAA